CCUCGACAGCAUAGCCCGUGUGCUGCAUCCUGAGAAGAGAACGCAGACGCCCUACGAGGGGCAGCAGCUGCAUCAUCAUUAAGACUUGAUCCUACUCAGCACUCACGACACCCUUUCUGGCUUCACCCUCUACCAUGUCAACGCCACUGCCCGAUCCCUCCAGUCUCCCUGCUCCAAUCCCUCCCGCGCCCGGGUCCAGCGCUAACGAAGCAGGACCUAGUGGACCAACGUACCACCCCUCCUUCUCAAGCAACUCAGAUGACCACGCUCAGGUCGUACCCUCCAUCCAUGCCGAUGGCGCUGGCAGAGGACACAGAAGCAGGGUGGGUGCUCGACGAGAAGACGACCCCGAUGAAGAUGAAGAAGAGGACGACGACGACAUCUUCGAACAGCUCGAGCAGGAGGCUGACUCAUUGAGCGGAGAAUGGAAAGAGAAGCGGAUGCGACAGAUGAGAGAAGAAGCUGCUCAGAAAGCCCUUUUUGCUCAGUCAUCGGAUGCGCACGGCAAGUUCACCGAGCCUAGCUCAGAGAAAGACCUCAUGCGCCAACUGGCCGAAAACGACGGCGUCGUCGUUCACUUCUACAAGGCCGACUUCAAACGCUGCGGUAUUGUCGACAGGCACCUUGACUUCCUCGCGCCUCUGCAUCCACGCACCCUCUUCCUCAAAAUCAGCGUCUUCAACUCGCCUUUCUUGGUACACAAGCUCAGCAUUCAGACGCUUCCAUGCAUUGUUCUGUUUGGAUCAGGCGGCAAAGUCCUCGAUCAGAUCGUGGGCUUCGAAGACCUCGGCAAUAAAGACGAAUUCGGUACUGGCGUCUUGGAAUGGAGACUCGGGCGAGCCGGUAUUUUGACGCCGAGAGCUAAGCAACAAGCAAGUCAGCCUGUCCUGGGAUUCGGCUCAACAAAUAGCAGCCGGGCUAACGACGAUGAUUGGGAUUAGCUAAAGACUGAGUCACGCCUGCAACGUGUCCAAGACUAGCAGGUGCCGACAUCUGGUCAACGUGGUUCUUUUACGAGAAUGUCGAUGACCAAGAGCGGACUAAGAUCAGUAUUCUGUGCGCUGCUCGCCUCCACAAUUUCAUCCGCAUCGUCUCUCACAGCA